AUGUUUCCUACUACCUCCAAUUUCCUGGCUUUAGAUGGGUGGAAAACUCCCCUCCGCCGAUGGAGCUGGGCUGCAGGAGGCUUGUGGCAGCGAGAGGCCGCCUCGGCCCCCCAGUCCCAACGCCCUGAUUUCGCGACGCUGAGCAGCAAAGUCGAGUUCUACGUUCUGUGGUCUCUGCGCGAGCCGCCCCGGCAGCUGAGCAGCAAAUGUCGUCGGAAAUGCUACCAGACUCGCUUGCCGCUUCCAUUGCCAAAACAGUUUGUGAUCUUCGGGUUGGGUGACUGGAGCUGUUAUUCUCAGAAAACUAGCAUCACUGUGGAUGUAUUAAUAAAUCCAGACAUUAAGCCACAACGAAUUGGAAAGCUGGGAUCUGAAGCAAGAUGUUUGGUUUGGGAAGGUGACUGGAGGGUGGACAUUCUCAUGGCUUCGUUUGAGCAGGCAGAGAAUGGUAAUCCUCUUAAACUUUUCUUGACUGUCAAGGAAGAGGAACAGGAUAGAAAUCAGAGUUCAGCAAUGUGCCAUAAGGAAGCUAUGCCUGAAAAGAACUUUUCUCCACCUAUGGAAAAGCUGCUGAUGCUUCCUGCUCCAGAGAUGAUUACUACAGAGCUACAGGUUAGGAAGAGAACUUGUCUAGCUAACCCUAUUCAAUUAAAUAAAACCAGAAGGACUCUCUUUGAAGUCUCGGCAACCCACAGGCAAGAAGAAUCUGAAGAUUUGGAGGUUAAAGAGUUGCAAGCAUGUCCAAGUCCUCGAUGGUGUCAUGCUAUGUGCCUGUGUGACACAGAUACAGCAGUUUUGAUUGGUGGUGAAGGAAUUAAUCAGCAAUUCUGCAAAGAUGUUCUCUGGAAACUGGAGAUUGAUAAUGACUUUUGGUUCCCUAUGGAUUUCCCAGCACAAAAUUCCAUACCACAAUGUUCCCGAGGUCACAGCGCAACUUAUGACCCAGAUACCAAGCGCAUAUACAUAUUUGGAGGAAUAAAAGAGAGGAGACGCUACAAUAGCAUCUAUGUUUUGGAUACAACAUCUUGGAAAUGGCUUCAUGUUUCUGCUAAAGGGAAAGUGCCUACUCUGGCCUUCCACAGUGCCACUGUCUAUCACAAGGAGUUAUUUGUCUUUGGAGGAGCUUUCCCUAAAAUGUCAUCCUUGGAGAUGGGCGCCUGCAGUAAUGCGCUUUUUAUUUUCAACCCCGACUAUGAGAUUUGGUACCAGCCCAUUGUGGAGGGGGAGAAGCCUUUGCCAAGGCUUGGUCAUUCAGCUACUUUGUUGAAGAACAAAUUAGUCAUAUUUGGAGGCCAGAGGAGUUCUACAUACCUGAAUGACAUGCACAUCCUUGAUCUGGGUUUCAUGGAAUAUAAACCAGUUCCACCUCUCUCUGGACAACCUUCUGCUCGCAGUUUCCAUGCUGCUAUCCAAAUCUCUGAUCAGAAAAUGUUGAUAAGUGGAGGGUGCAAUGCCAGAGCAGCUUUUCAAGAUGCAUUCAUAUUCCAUCUCGAUACCUUGACUUGGAGUGCAAUUGAACAUAGUGAUCUUUGCACUGUGCCCCGGGCAGGCCACACACUGCUCAAUUUAACUUAUGCUGACCUGACAAACAUGGAGAAGCAGAAUCAGGACAAACACAACCUGUGCAUGAUGCUUGUCUUUGGAGGCUCGGACCAUGCUGGCAAGUUCUAUAACAGCACAAACAAAUUCCAGCUCAAUCUUCAGAACUAAAUAAAUGCCUGCUAGGAGCCCACCUGAACUGCUGUGACUCCAUGAUCAAGACACAGAACAGCAGAAACAAUUGGACAUCUAAAUAAAAGUGAAUGAGUAACCACAUCAAAAAGAAAAGGCCUGUUGAGGCUGUGCCAGAGAUUGCUUUAAGGUUUGAUUUCUUAAAUCAGUGUUUCUCAAAUUUGACAACUUUUAAGAUGUGUGUUUACUUCAACUCCCAGAAUGCUGGCUGGGGAAUUCUGGGAGUUGAAGUCCACACACCUUAAAGUUGCCAAGUUUGAGGAACACUGUCCUUAGAUCUUACACUAGAGUUAAAGUGUGUUGCAAAGAAGCCAGCUCCAGCCUAACUUUGUUUUUAACAUGGGUAAGUGCCAGGGGGAUUGAUAUCCUCUCACUUUGCUGUCAGUAUCUUAACUAUUUCUGCCCUUAACCCCCCCCCCCAAAUUCUAUCUGUGAUGGCAUAAUGGAAAGCCUAGCAGUUAAUUUCUCAGCUGAAUUCAGCAGCUCAGCAUCCUCACUUUUUAGUUUGUCAGCAGUUGGGGUGGCAGAGAAGGAGAGGGAGCACUGCCAAAAUAAGUAAUCCUAUUCUGAAGAAUGCUUAGUGUUUCCAUGGAAAGAAGACUGAUUUUAAUAUUGCUGUGAAAUAUUUAUAUUGGUCUGGAUUUCCCAACGUAUUACUAUACAUUUCGGUUUGUUCCUGUUCUCUCCUUCCCCCAACUCAUCUUGUUUACCUUUUUUCUCCAUACUUCACUAAGACUAAAGCUGUUUAUAUUUUGCCAAUCUCAAAUGAUAUAAUAAAGCAAGCAUAAGAAUUUUAACUUGACUAUAUAAAUCUUGGCCAUCGGUAUGAAGACAAACCUCUUCCCAGCAUCUUAGAAAUAAUAAUUUUGAAGGUUCUAUAUGACAGUUGCUGACCGCAGGAUUUUCUUUGAGGUGCACAGUUCUAAUUAACUCUUCAGAGAGCUGUGUGCUUUUUUCUGGAAAAUCUACAAUCCCUGUGAGGGUCAGAAAACUUCUAACUUCUGCCAAUUUAUUGCAUCAACUUCUAUUGUUUAUUAUUCUGAAGGAAGAAUUAGAAAUUCCCUAACUUUCAAUAUUUCUGAAAAGCUGGUGUGUGCUGGCUAACGAUGGAUACUGUAAGGCAAGGGUGGCUAACCUAUGGCUCUAAAGCAACUCCAACUGCGUCACCAAAUUUUGGCCAUGCGAUUGCCAGAAAGUAGUGGUACAGUUUGCUGUUGUUUGGGAAACACACAAAAGCUGUAGUGAAGGUCUUUAAAUUAGUCCUUAGUAACGCUAAAAAGGACAUAUCAUACACUGGACAAAAUGCCAUUAGUCUAAAAGUUUGCAAACUUCUGACAUGUGACUGUUCUUUUUCAGGCCCAAUCACUGUGUGCUUGCUAGUAUCUAGACUGCUGCCUUUUCAUGUUCUGUAACUUUGUAUGCGGUCUGAUUAUAGAUUAAUACCUUUGCUAUUUACACAAAGCAACACAGCAUUUUUUUGAACUUUCACAAGACGUACCCACAAGUUCUUAUCCUUUUAAUCUGCUUCAUUAUUGUAUUACAACUGUCACACAUGAUCAAGAGUUUGGGUUUUUUUUACUGCAGCUACAUACUUUGCAACUGCAGCAAGUUUUAAAAAAGGAUAGCCCCAUUUUAUUUUUGACCUACUCUCCCACAGUGUAACAAGCACUUGAACAGCUUUAGGAUCUUAGUUCUGAAGGAGUAUCCGGCUGCCGGGAAGGAUGGCUGCUCUGAAAUGCUUCUAAUUCUAGGAGAGCUUUGUUGAUUCUGCUUAAUGUGGGAUAUGGAGUCAGAUCCACUUUAAAUCUGUUAAGAGAAAUUAAGCAUUAGGCACACCCGUGUUAUUGUAAAACCAAUGUGCUUUAGAUACAUUUAAAAUCAAAAGAGUGCAAAACAAAGAUCUGUUACAAUCUUUAUGCAAGAAUGUAUUUUGUAUUAAGUGAUAAUUGGCGAUGAGAAGAAAAGUGAAGGAAGAGAUCAAUGAAGGGAGACCAGGCAGGGACAGGAAGUGAUACACUCCCAACCAAGAGUGCCAUAUGCAUGUAACAAGUAUAGCGGAAAUUUAACAGAAUGAAGAGACCCAGCAAAAUACAGUUAUACCCCGAUAUCAGGUCUGUAGCAGAGAUGGGUGAGGGACAGUCUUUCAGUGAUGAGGCUGCAGUUUGAUUUAUUUGAACAACCAUUCUAAUGGUGGGCAAGGCUAGGGUCAGGAGGAGAGAAAAUAUUAAAACCAGAAAUCCCUAUUAGUGCACAUAAACCACACUGCUGGAUUUAAUGGUAAAUGCACUACUGAAAGUUAGCAAUACUAUGAAUGGGACUCCACUGAAUGCACAAAGGCACCAUAUUGCUUUCCACCUGCUCUUUAGGAUGGAUAGAAAAGGCUAAAUUGGAGACAGAGUUACAUUCUCUAUCAAAGAAAGAGUAGAAUAGAUAGCUAAGGAGAACUAUACAAUCUCUGCCUUGUUAAUGUGGUUCCUCUGCCAGUCGGCAGAACUCAGAUACCCUCUUGUGCAGAAUGCAAACUUAGAAUCUGUAUUUCCCUGUCUGCAUCCGGUGAGGUUGGAGAGCUGCUUGCAGGGGCACUGCGGCCAAAGGGCAGCUGGAUGCGGGAUCCAGACAGCCCAUAAUUCUUUCUGGAUAAAAAAGAGAUCUUGGGAUUACCCUCAUACAUUCCAGACAGCUGGGUUUAUUUUGUGAGUUGGCAGCAGAAACUCUUGUUUUUGCAGCCAUUUGUGAUCAGCUUGGACUCAUGGGUUUCAUCAUGCUCUGAGCCAUUAAUGUAGUCUUUUUAAGGACUCAAAGUUUGUCCAAACCUCAUCUUUUUAAUCACCUUGGAGUUAAUUUUUUUUUUCUUACUGUUUCACUAAGACUGAAAAACUUUCAGAGCUGCAAGUUGGACAUUAGCUGGGUGAGUGCUCUUCAAU